UCGCGCUUGCGCCGGUGGUCGGCGUCAGGAGCAGGAUUUUUGCUGCUUUUUAAAUCCUGGGCCGAGGGAAACCAGCUCGGAAAACUAUCUUCAGAUUCGCAUGUUAGACGUGACUGACUGCCCAGCUCCAAUCUGAUUUUUUGGGGCGGGGGGUUGGUGAAGAAGGAGAGAGAGAGACUACGGAUACUGGAAAUCAGAAACAAAACAUAAAUUGCUGGAAGAACUCAGCAGAAAAUCUAUCAAGAUGCUGUUUGCGACGACACCGGCAUCUUUCGCGGCUCUGCGGUGUAUACAUUCUCCUGUUUGCCGCAGAAAUUUUUGGGGAUGGUUGAAUGCUGUUUUCAACAAGGUGGAUUAUGAUCGUAUAAAGGCUGUUGGUCCAGACAGAGCUGCAUCAGAGUGGUUACUUCGUUGUGGCGCUAGUGUGCGUUACAAAGGCUUUGAUAAGUGGCAGAAAGAUUACAAUCACCUACCCACUGGCCCAUUGGAGAAAUUCAGAAUUGAAGGAAUUGAUGCCACUGAAUCAUGCAUUAUGUUCAAAGGAUUUGACUACCUGGAUGACCUGGAGCAUGUUGAAGAAAUUAAAUUCCAAAGGUGUAUUUACAUUCAAGAUGAGUGUCUUGAGAGGUUAUGUGGGAUAGGAAAUUUGCAAAAGAGCCUGCAAUGGUUGGAAAUUAUUUCCUGUGGAAACGUCACAGACCGGGGAAUCAUAACUCUUCACCACCUUAAAAACCUAAGAUAUUUGUUUCUGAGUGAUCUUCCUGGCAUAGAAGAAAAAGAAAAAACUCUUCAGCUUUUAGCAACAGCUCUACCUACCUGCGAGAUUAAAGUUGAUCUUUAGAACUACAGCUUACAAAUUUAUGUAUUGUCUAUAUACAAUGCUACUUUGGAAAGAAGGACAAAAAUGACAUUAUCUGCAAAAAGGGAGGCUCGUGCUUUUGCAGUAGUUAGACAUCAGAAUGUGUUAGCCACAAUUGCACUCACUGAAGUUGUCCAAGGUGUUUUAACCUAAUCUGUGAAACUGAUUUGAGCUUUCAAAUUGAAAAUACUUCAUCUAUAGUAAUUAUCUAUUUGUUGGUGCUGUAAAAUAUCAAUGAAUCAAGACAGUAAAAGUUGCAAUAGUAUUUACAGUACAUAAUUUAUAAUUCUGAAAAUGUUCAAACAUUAAUGCUUUACAUGUUUUUGUAGUAUAGGGGAAAAAACCUUCCCCAUUAGCCAAUAUUUCAAAAUACCUUCAUCUAAAAUGUCUGUACAAUUGAGAAGACUACGUUAUUUUCACUUUGUAGUUUCUGUAUUUAUUUGUAUUUAUAAUUAACAUUUUUUGAUGUUGCAAAGUGUACACAUAACUAUAGAUGAACUGGAUGUGCAAUUUAUACCAGUACUAACAGAUUUGUGGCUAAGCAUACAAUAUAUAGAUUUUUCAAAUCAAUGAAGAUAAAUAUUACAGAUUUUAUAAUCUAUUUGCAGUUCAUAGUUUCAGCUGUUCACCAGUAUACAUUUAUGACAAUGAUAUCUCUAAGGGUAUAAACCAAUGAUUUUACAAAAGCUGUGAUCUUACAGUAGGCACACCUUUGGUUUUAGUUGUUUGAUUCAAAUAUGCUAGAUCAGCUUUUCAAUGCUAAUUCUUAGUUUGUAUUUUUUAAAUGAACUGUUUAUUUUAUUAGCGAAAUUGUAUCAAUCUAAGUCACUUCUGUGUACAAAUACAUGGGAAGCAGAACACUGAAUUUUGCAUGUUAAGAACUGUCACUUAUUUGCAGUUUUGAUCCAGUAAUAGAUUUAAAGUGAAAUAUUUAUGUGCAGCCAAAUUUGACUUGUUUUAAUUCAGAUUAUCUGUUAGACUAAACAGCUGUUCAUGACUACAUUGAGCACUGUACUAGAGUUGGAAUCUAAGUGGAGCAAGAAUGUAAAGAAGUGAAAACUUCUCAGCAGUGUAUUUUAAGGAGUUGGCUGAAAUAGGUGGUUUUAGAACUCAUCAGAAACAUUAAACCCCACUAUUCCAAAUAAUUUCAUGUAGAAGUCAGGUGAGGUCUGAAAGCAUAACAACUUUUUUGUUUAAAAAUUGAACUUGCAGGUUGUGAAUCCAAUAUUUCAAUCCCUUAAUACACAGCUUUAAGUCUAAAAAAAGUCAUUGUUAUGUUGUUAGAUAAAGGCUAAAAUGAAUCUUUGGCCUGGUGAUCUCAUAGCUGUAAAAGACUAAUGUUGGCAGUAUUCUUGACUCAGUCAACUUUUGGUAAGUGAAACAUUGCACUUCUUAGGUAAGUUUACGAUACCAAAUGUUAAUGUGACUUGGGUUCUGCCCAGCAAAUGGGAUUACAGUUUAAAGCAUUUUAGCAUGUAGUCAUGCAUAAAAUAGUGCUGUUUCUUUGUACAGACAUUGUACACAUUUUAAAAAGCAACCUGUGGCCAGAUACCUUCUGGAACAUGCUCAUUUUCAUUCAUUUUAAACACACUAGAAGAAAAAUAACAAACUUAAAGAAAGUGCAUACAAUCUCAGGUUAGGUAACAUGACAAGUCUCCAUUUUCAACCCCACCAAAGUUUUAAAAACUCUUUAACAUCUCUUUUGGACACUUGUUUUCCUCAGUUGGUCUCUUUUAUAACUUGGUGUGUUCAUGCCACUUGCUUAAAUGUUAGGUAGAUGGUAAUUAUAUUUCUGCUUGAAAUACUUCUUGCUUUCCAUGGAUGGAGGUAUAUUGCUGCUGGUGAGUUGUGGUAAGUACUGCAACUAUACAAAACAUUAUGGGGUGGGGGAGAGAAGAAAGAGUCAAGGGAACAAUAAACAAUACUUGGAAUUGAUCUAAAAACAGCAACUAACUUCUGUUGCAUUUAGUUAACAUUAGUACAGGUUUUUUUCCAAGCCAAUUCUUGGGAAGGAGAAGUCAUAAUUCAUAUUUUCUCUUUCAGUUUAAAGCAGUAUAAUACUUAACAAUAAAUAUUUGUAUCACUGCACAAGUAUUUGAAUUUGGAGCUGGGGUGGCCAUUACAGCCCCUUGAGCCUGCACUGCCAUUCAGUAUUAUCAUAGCUAAUCUGAU